GGGAACGGGUCUUCUCCGGUGGGUGGCGCGCGCCGGCUGUCUAGCCCCCGGCCCGGCCCGGCCCCGGCCCCGGCCCAGCCCAGCCCAGCCCAGCGCGGCCCCGCCGGCCGGCCCAGCAGCAUGGCGGGCUCGGGCCCGAAGCGGCGCGCGGCGGCGGCCCCCGCGGCGGCCGAGGAGGAGGAGCGGCAGGCACGCGAGCGGAUGCUGGCGGCGGGGGGCGCGGGGGGCGCGGAGGGCGCAGAGGGCGAGGGCGUGACCCUGCAGCGCAGCAUCACGCUGCUCAACGGCGUGGCCAUCAUCGUGGGCACCAUCAUCGGCUCGGGCAUCUUCGUGACGCCGACCGGCGUGCUCAAGGAGGCGGGCUCGCCGGGGCUGGCGCUGGUGGUGUGGGCCGUGUGCGGCGUCUUCUCCAUCGUGGGCGCGCUCUGCUACGCGGAGCUGGGCACCACCAUCACCAAGUCGGGCGGCGACUACGCCUACAUGCUUGAGGUGUACGGCUCGCUGCCCGCCUUCCUCAAGCUCUGGAUCGAGCUGCUGAUCAUCCGGCCCUCCUCGCAGUACAUCGUGGCGCUCGUCUUCGCCACCUACCUUCUCAAGCCGCUCUUCCCCACCUGCCCGGUGCCCGAGGAGGCCGCCAAGCUCGUGGCCUGCCUCUGCGUGCUGCUGCUCACAGCCGUGAACUGUUACAGCGUGAAGGCCGCCACCCGCGUCCAGGACGCCUUUGCUGCUGCCAAACUCCUGGCACUGGCCUUGAUCAUCCUGCUUGGCUUCAUCCAGAUCGGGAAAGGUGACGUGUCCAACCUGGAUCCCAGGUCCUCCUUUGAAGGCACCAAACUGGAUGUGGGGAACAUCGUACUGGCUCUGUACAGCGGCCUCUUUGCCUACGGGGGAUGGAAUUACUUGAAUUUUGUCACAGAGGAGAUGAUUAAUCCCUACAGAAACCUGCCCCUGGCCAUCAUCAUCUCCCUCCCCAUCGUCACUCUGGUGUACGUGCUCACGAACCUGGCCUAUUUCACCACGCUGUCCACCGAGCAGAUGCUGACGUCCGAGGCCGUGGCUGUGGACUUCGGGAACUACCACCUGGGUGUCAUGUCCUGGGUCAUCCCCGUCUUCGUGGGCCUCUCCUGCUUCGGCUCCGUCAAUGGGUCCCUCUUCACGUCCUCCAGGCUGUUCUUCGUGGGGUCCAGGGAGGGCCACCUGCCCUCUGUCCUGUCCAUGAUCCACCCGCAGCUGCUGACGCCCAUGCCCUCGCUCGUGUUCACGUGCGUCAUGACCCUGCUCUACGCCUUCUCCAAGGACAUCUUCUCCGUCAUCAACUUCUUCAGCUUCUUCAACUGGCUCUGCGUGGCCCUGGCCAUCAUUGGGAUGCUAUGGCUCCGCUACAGGAAGCCGGAACUGGAGCGGCCGAUCAAGGUGCACGUGGCCCUCCCAGCGUUCUUCAUCCUGGCCUGCCUGUUCCUGAUCGCCGUCUCCUUCUGGAAGACCCCCGUGGAGUGCGGCAUCGGCUUCACCAUCAUCCUCAGCGGCCUACCCGUCUACUUCCUCGGGGUCUGGUGGAAAAACAAGCCCAAGUGGCUGCUCCAGGGCAUCUUUUCCACAACGGUCCUCUGCCAGAAGCUCAUGCACGUGGUUCCCCAGGAGACGUAAGUGACAGGAGCCGAGAAGCUGCCGGAAAGAAGACUGCACAAAGAUCGCUGAGAACAACCCACCCUCGGAAAGCGACUCUGGUCGUGUCGUCCAGGCAGCUCUGCCGAGCGCCCCCUGUCCCUCUGCCAGGCCCCGGCCGGGCCACUGUGAAACCUGGUACGAGUUUAGUCCCAGAGGACGGACUUCCACGGAUACCUCUUGCGUGUGGAGGCGGGAGCACUGAACCGAGAGGAGACUGCGGGCUUUUGGCCACGUUGGGCCUUCUCUCUCCUCACUUCUGUUUAUUUUGUAUAAUUUUUUUUAACUUAAAUCUUGGGUCAGGUCAAUGCCACCAAGAUGAUUAUUUUUUAAAGAAAUGGUGGGGGGCCAGGGCGAGGGGUCUUUUCUUCCCUAACGCCGCCGGCAGCACGAUGUGCAUCAGAGGGACCAGGCCCUGUUGCCAGAUUCCCGCACAGUCUCCGCGCUGGGACUCGGCCUCGCCCUGUGGACCGCAGCCCGGGCGCGUGCGCUCGGCUUCCCCGCUUGUUUGUUGUAGCUGUAGUGACAUUUGUGAAACUAACCCCCAGGGUUUACGUCUCUUUGCCUUAAAGACGCGAGGUAGCUCCCUCCCCACCCUCCGAAGAGAAAAAGAAAGUCUCAGUGAAACAGCCGCCUUCAGAGAGGCCUGUAGGAGGAGAGACCCUGGGCUGGUUCUGACUUCUGUUCCUGUGCUUGGGGUCUGCUGUGGGCAGGGGCUCUGAGCAGGGGUCAGGGCAGCUGGGCGAGCCCGGAGCUCCCACGGGGACACGCAGGACGGGGCCAGUGUGGGGCUCGACCCUGUCACCUGUGACACCUUAGCACUGCUGUCUGUGUGCCCUACCUGGACGCCAGCCUGAGCGGGGACACGGAGGGGACUUAGGCGUCUCCUGUGGGCGGGCGAAUGGGCAGCAGCCUAGCCUGGCCUGUGGGCCACGCUGCCUUGGGCCCACUCUGCAUCGGCUUUGGAGCCAAGCUCGAGUUCUCUCAAUGCUCCACACUUGAAAUCCUGUGGAAGCAGAUGCCACGACCCCUCAAGGCCUUCCUGUCCGUGUCCCGCAAGGCAGCCCCUCCAGGGCAGAAUGGCAACCUGGCUGCCAUUUGGGGCUGGCUCCCUGCCAAGACGCCACCAUCCCCUCCCCGUCACCUGCCCUGGGCUCGAUUCCGAAUGUCAGGAGGCUGGAGUCCAGCCUCCACCACUGUCACCACCUGACUGUCCAGGGUCCAACUCCUGGUGGGACCAGCAGGCCCGCCCCUCCUCUCCAGAGAUGCAGUGCUGGCGCCGUGUGUUUGGUUCCCGUGGCGUUUCCCCUGGGGAGGCAGCUGAGGCCCAGAAGCUCAUCUGGCCCAGUUGGCUUCCCUUCACUGUCCCUGUGUCCCUGGACCCAGGACGACCUAGGGUCACAUCAUCUCCCUCCAGGCCCAUUUAGGCUCUGGUGGCUCUGCCUUGGCGUCUGACCCCUGACCUUCCCAGCAGGGGGAGGUUGAGCUGAGCCCCCAGGUAUCAGGCCAGCUGGUGCUGUUUCCUGGGGGCCAUGUGACCUCUGAGUGGCCAGUCCAGCCUGACACCACCCACCUGGGCUCGGUCUGAGGGGUCCAGGGAGCCCUGACAGGCAGCUUGAGGGCCCCAGGCUGGGCAUUGAGGCUGAACAGGAGUCAGCCAGAUGUCCAUCCUCCCUCUUUAUGCUGAUCAGGAGACCCUGCCCCUCUGGGGCUCCUGACACAUGAGGACUGAUGUCCACUGAAGUCUCCUUGACCACUGCAUCCUCCCGGGGCUGUCUCCCCGCACCUGGCGGUCCAGCUCAACACCUGGGGGCAGGAUGGCACCAAGGAAGUCAAAAGACCUGGGUGUGGACUUUUUGCAUCAGGCAGGACUCCAGCCCUGGGCCUCAGUUUUCUCAUCUGCAAAUGGGGUCAGUAGCUGGUGCAACCCCUGCCUGGUGGCAUUGUGCACGUCCAGGGGGAAACUGGCCAUUGCAGUGGCCACAGCACCGUGCACACGUGGUGGGACGCUGCCUGGGGUGCACUGCCCACCUGCCCUUCCACGGUGGUCGGGCAAUGUCUGAGCUGAUUUCAGCCUCUUCCAUCUGGAAUUUGGGGAGUUCAAACCACUGACUCUGGAGGUGACCUGGCAGGGUGCAGGGAGCCAGGUGUCUGUCCAGACCAUAGUGGCCUUCCCAUGGCGUGCACCUUGGGGAAUCGGGGCAGUGGCACCCUUGCGGGAGUGUUGGGGUCCUGGGGGUCCCUUUUUACACUGAGAGGUCAAAGGCAGUUGAAGUGUGGCUCUCCCCAGCACCUGUGAGGGCAGGGCGGGGGCCUGGCCUGCAGUUCUUGGCACUGCGCCCCCACACAGCCCAGACACCCGGGCUCUGCCAUGUUAGCGUUCUGGGGGUAGCCUCUGCUCCUCCUGACCAGACUACUGACAAGUGUCCUGAGCGUUCACGUUUAUGGGUUAAUUUUUUUUUUAAGCAAAACUCUGGUGUAACAAGCAAGCGUUUGUCCAGCCGUUCUGCUUUGUUUUGUCCUCGAGUCUCACUAAUGUAAAGGAUGCUGUCAGCACCAUGUUUAUUUAUUUACGGGGCGGCAUGCAGCCCUGCCGCUCCGUGGGUCCCUGGCCACGGUCCCGGCCACGUCAGCUGCCCUCUGUGACGUAGCGUAACGACAUGUGUGUGACUUCACGCUGCUCUCUCUUCUGUUAAUGACUAACCUGUUACACUUGGCUGGUUUGGGAUGGGGCGUUGCUUUGUUCUGUGUGUUUGGGGGGGUUGUUUGUUUUUAAAGAACAGUUGGACUUACAAGCA